ACGGACUGUAGCUGGAGGCAAUUGGACGUCAGCUCCCAGGCUUGUUAUUGUUAUUAUUUUUUCAUUAUUAAACGCACAUUUUAAUGAGCUUUCAGUGGAGAAGUGAAGGGGAUGUAGAAAGGCUUCUUCUUCUUCUUCCUCUCCCUCCGCGCGUCUUCACGCUGCUGCGCGCCGCACGCGGACUGUCAUUCACAAAUACUACAGACUCCGCUGGAGCGCUCACGUGUCUGCUGCCGCAGUUUCCUUCAUUUCUGCUUCUCGGUCGGUUGUUAUCUCUUCCCCGUGCCGUCUGAGAGUGGAUUUCAUUCACCUGCAGCUCGUCCUUUCACUGACAGGCGCCUAAAUUGUUCCCGGUUUGAAUUAAGUUCCUGAAAUCGUCAAGUCAGUGGAAAGAAGGAGGAGAAGUUUUUUUUUUCCUCUUCUUUUUUUAACGGAAUAACGGCGUGGUGUACAUGCAGGUAACCUGCGGAUAACUCAGAGGAUUAAACAUCACUUCAAGAAACUGAAUACGGCCGAGCGGUUUCUCAUCACUCGGCAGAAGCGAUGGAGGUGCUGUGGGUCUGUCUGCUGCUGGAGGCGCUCCUGAUGUCCGCCGCCGCCGUCCGGGGCCCCCCCCGGGUGUCGGAACGUGUGACCCAUCGGCAGAGCGUCCGCCUGGGCCGCACCAUAAAGCUGCCCUGCCCCGUGGAGGGCGACCCGCCGCCCCUCAUCAUGUGGACCAAGGACGGCCGCAACAUCCACAGCGGCUGGACGCGCUUCCGGGUCUUACUGGAGGCUCUGCGGAUCAAGGAGGUGGAAACCGAGGACGCCGGGACUUACAUCUGCAAAGCCACCAACGGGUUCGGCAGCGUCAACAUCAACUACACGCUGAUCGUCAUCGAUGACUCCAGUUCAAGAAACGGCGCCGGAUCGUCCAGCAGCGGCUCGGAAAAUGCCCCCGAGCUGGCCGGGAAACUGGUGCGACCACGCUUCACCCAGCCCGCCAAGAUGAGGAAGCGGGUGAUCGCCAGGCCGGUGGGCAGCUCGGUGCGCCUGAAGUGCACGGCGAGCGGGAACCCCCGGCCCGACAUCGUGUGGCUGAAGGACAGCAGGCCGCUGGUGGACAACGACAGCGGCGCGGCGGGCGAGGCCAAGAAGAAGAGGUGGACGCUGAGUCUGAAGAACCUGACGCCGGAGCACAGCGGGAAGUACACCUGCCACGUCUCCAACCGGGCCGGGGAGAUCAACGCCACCUACAAGGUGGAGGUCAUACAGCGUACUAACUCCAAGCCCAUCCUGACCGGGACUCAUCCCGUCAACACCACGGUGGACUACGGAGGAACCACGUCCUUCCAGUGCAAAGUCCGCAGCGACGUCAAGCCGGUGAUCCAGUGGCUGAAGAGAGUCGAACCCGGAGACGAGAACAAAUUCAACUCCACCAUAGAGGUUGGAGACCAUCGCUUCGUGGUGCUGCCGACGGGAGAGGUCUGGUCCCGCCCUGACGGAUCCUACCUCAACAAGCUGCUGAUCACCAGAGCGAAGGAGGAGGACGCCGGCAUGUACAUCUGCCUGGGGGCCAACACCAUGGGCUACAGCUUCAGGAGCGCCUACCUGACCGUGCUGCCAGAUCGGAAGCCUCCGCCCGUCCCGGUGCCCACCGCCACCUCCCCCGGCCUGCCCUGGCCCGUCAUCAUCGGGAUCCCAGCGGGCGUGGCCUUCAUCUUCGGCACCGCCCUCCUCUGGUUCUGCCGCUCCAAACGCACCUGCUCCUCCUCUUCCUCUUCCUCCUCCUCCACCUCCUCGUCCUCCUCCUCCUCCUCCGCCCUGCCCGCCGCCCAGCGUCUGCCCGCCGCCAGCCGGGACCGCGGCGCCCAGCCGGCCGGCGGGGACAAGGACCACCUGUCCUACGAGGACUACAUCGCCCACCAGCAGCUGCUCCUGGCUCAGGGCGGCGGCGGCGGCGCCACCGCUCUGGCCCCCAAGGUCUACCCCAAGAUCUACACCGACAUCCACACGCACACGCACUCGCACGUGGACGGCAAGGUGCACCAGCACCAGCACAUCCACUACCAGUGUUAGCGGCGGCUGGCGCACGCACGCCGAACGUGCACGCUCUCACGCACGGACCUGGGAUCACUCAGAGCACGAACAAUGAAGAAUGUGAAGAAAGAAGGUUUUUAUGUUGGGUUAUUUUUCCGUACUUAACUCUUCUUAGCGCCUCGUCCGCAGCCUCGGCUAACUGCAGUUUCAAGGAAACGUCAACCACAACCACAACCUCCUCAGUCCCAGUGAACAAACACCUCGCUCACACUCCAGGGCUCCACAUAUAGCCACGUAUAUUUAUAUAUAUGCAUAUGUAUAAAUGAUUAUAUGGCAUUUAGCACUCUGGGUAAUCUCUAAAGAGCAGUGCAGUCUGUGUUUGUGAAACCUUUCAUUUCACCGUAUCUCAGGCUUCAGCCAGACUGGAUCAAGUCUGGAUUUCCCUCAAACCGAUUCUGUUAGAUCAUCAGGCGAUCUUUACUUUCACACAAUUCUGUCCUUUUUCCUUCACUUUAACUUUAACCUUUGCCAGAAUCCGCCUGUUCCCCCCUACUCCCCCCCCCCCCCCCCAAAAAAAAAAAAAAAAGAUUGGACUCAUCAGCCGGCAGCAGAACGGGAUCAGGAACAAUGCCUCCAAUGGUUUCCAGAUUUCAGGGCUCAGAGCUGGAUCUCCAGAUAUGUUGCAGAUUCUUCUGCUUCUAUUAUGAGAUUUGGAGGCUUUAAAGAAGAAAGACUCGACGUGGAGCUGUUUGUUGUGAGGAUGAGUCUUCUCCUCCUUUAAUCAGGGCUUUAAAUCUGCUUCAUCCACUCCGACUUCACCCCCAGAGCUGCUGUUUCUGUUUCAUCUAUUAGAAAAACAGAACAGAACAAUGCAGACGUGAACGCUGCAGGUUCCUCAAACUGCAUUUUCGAUAUGAUUCAUUUCAAAGUGUGAAAAUUCCACGUUUUGCUUUUUACUACACAUAAAAAGAAGAAUUUCAGACUUAUAAUUCAUGCAAAUCACAAACAGAGGGGUUUUUUUCCAAUGAGAGGUCAAAAUGAUCCCAAUUUAACUUUCAAGAUGCUUCAGUGUUUUUACUUUAUAUGGAAUGAAUGUAGAUAAACCGUCAAUUAAAUCGUCUAAAUAUAGUUUGCAUUUUUUAAAUACAAAUAUAUUUAAGCUUUUUGUAUUUUUCAUUCUUUAUCAAUUUAAUUUACUUCAUGGAAAUAUAAAUUCAGGACUCAUUUCUUCCUUUUUUCAUGCCACAAAUAUCACAAACUGCAUUUUAGUAAUAUGAGAAAAAAUAACUUUCAGAAGAAAUGGUUUUAUUUUCUUUUUUUCAAAGGAGCUUUAAUUGAACUGUUUUAGAUUAAAAGCGGCAUAUUUUAACAGAUAAAACAGAAACAAGUAAGAGCAGGAAAACUGACAUCACCACUAUGAGUGUGUCCCCAAAUCACCGUUCAGCGGAGAAGUUGAGUAGUCUGACAAUUUAUUGAAACUUUCAUAUAUUUUACAUUUAUUCAACAUGAAGUGAAAUAUUUCAUUCCUUCUAAAAAGAGGAAUUUUCAAAGAACCACUGUUACACCAUUUGGCCUCACUUCAUUCUUUUUUAUAUUCUUUAUUUUUCUGUUAAUUAUCUAUCUUUUCCCCCCUGCUGUGUUUCCCGCCCUCAUCAGCUCGCACUACAGUUCUUCUUUUCUCCUCACCUUGUUGUUUGUGUUUGAUCCUCAAUCUGACCGCUAUCUCUAAAAAUAACAGUAAUCUGCUCAAAUUCGGCCUCCAGCUGUUUCACUUUACAACUCAAAGCCUCGUACGGUUAAAGAAAACAGCGUGCUGGCCGAAAACAUGCAUCCACAUGAAUUAUUACCGACUCUUUUCCUCUGCAGGCUCACAAACGGCGACGACUUUACGAGACGCUCCUCAAGUAAGCAUGUGCCAGGAAAUGAUAUUUUGGAAUCAUCUGGUGGAUUCACCUCUUGUUCUUUGCACAUAAAUCCCAAAACUGUAGAAGGAAAAUGUACAGAUAUAUUUUUUUAGCUAUUUCCUAUACCCCUGUGUUUUUUUCCAUUGUUAUGUUUUUAUCUCCAUUCACAAAAAAAUUGAGCAGACCAUAAAUUCAUAGGGUCGUUUUUGGUUUCGUCACGUCCCAUAAACAGGCAACUUCUUUUUUUUUUUUUUUUUUUUUUUUUUUUAAGAUGUUUAUUGAUUUGGUUGUUCGUCCUCAUAUUUUGUCAAAAAUAUCCCAUUGGAGUGACGUGAUUCUCUUCAAGUCAGUCCCUCUGAUAAUGGUUUGAUCCAAGAUUUAAUGUCAUAUAAAAAAGUAGUAAAUGCCUCCCUUUGAGUUUUAAGCUUAAUAAUAUUAAAGGAAGUUUAAAAUGAUUCUCCAAAUUAUAUUAACAGAGUAAUUAAAUUAUAUUAGGAUGAUUAAAAACCUUAUGAUUUGGUCCAAGUUGUUUGUGACUGAUUUCUGGCACAUUGCCCCCAAGUUCAGAACCACAAGAUUUCUGAACUUUUUUUUUCCCUAAAAUAGAGUGGUGACAAUCAAAUCAAAAAUGUAUCACUUCAAAGAAAGUACAUGAUUUUCUCAUAAUUGUUCAGUCUGAGGAUUGUUAUUGUCUCUACUGCCAGGUACUUUUACAAAAAGCAGAUGAUCACCAACAAUUAACU